UGUGAUGUGUAUUGCUUUAAAUGGUUCGCGUGUUUAAUAAAUAACAUGGAAGGCGGGAAUAUAAGCGGUGGUCCAGUUCUUGAAGAAACUUUUUACAUCCUUUCCAAAAAAAAUACGGUCUAUAGGGUGAAACUGACAGAAAAGGGACUGAGUUUGCAAAAGGAAAGUAAUGGCAAUACAAAAACUGAAACAAUUAGAAUAAAUGAUAUUGUGGGUUGUCGCUGUAUGAGAAGUAAAAGAAGAUCAGGAAAAUCGUGUGCAUGUCAUCCUAGCUCCAACAAGCGAAAUGACUUAAGAGUUGUUGAGGAAAAUUCGAGUGAACAAGAUGAGACCGACAUAAGUGCGUACCUUUACAUAUACGCCUACGUACUCAAAAAAAUUAAAAUGAAAUCUGGGCAGAAGAGAGAACGAAUGACAAUAACUCUGCGAUUCAGAUCAUUUGACAGAUACGAAGACAAUAUGAAGGAAGCUCAAAAGUGGCGAAUAGCAUUGAAGUGUUUGAUAAGGAAUAAACCAGUGCCACGAAAUAUCUUGACAAACGGAGAAGGACCUCUCACGCCGGUGGAAACUGACGAGACGGACCCGGAAACUGGCUUCACUGUGUGGGAUGUAGCAAAUUUGAAUUCUCGCUCCAUUGGUUCUCGUAAAAGCAGUUCUCAGUACGGUGAUGAACAAGAGCAGCGAGUACUGGUAUUACUUAACCCAAAAUCUGGUCCAGGCCGAGCUAGAGAUGUCUUUCAGCAGCGAGUUGUACCUGUAUUUGCGGAGGCAGAGAUACCAUUUGAUCUGCAUGUUACUAAGCAUGCUGGGUAUGCCAGAGAUUUUGUGAGAUCUAGAGAUAUUUACCAAUGGCGUGCAAUUGUAGUAGUUGGAGGAGAUGGGAUACUGUUUGAGGUAAUUAAUGGCUUGUUUGAACGACCAGACUGGCAGCAGGCAUUUAAGGAAAUUGGUAUUGGAAUUAUACCCUGUGGUUCUGGAAAUGGCUUAGCGAAGACAAUAGCUUAUAUACAUGAGGAACCAUUUGACCAAAACCCUGUACUCAUCUCUACACUGAACAUUAUAAAAGCCAAAAAAGUACCCAUGGAUCUUGUAAGAGUGGAGACAAAGUCACAGAUAAUGUUCUCAUUCCUAUCUGUUGGGUGGGGAUUGCUGUCCGAUAUUGAUAUUGAAUCAGAGAAGCUGCGAGCUAUUGGAGGCCAGAGGUUUACUGUAUGGAGUGUGGCUAGGCUAAUAGGGCUGCGGACUUAUCGUGGUCGUCUGUCAUAUGAGCCAGUUGAAGAUGGCCUGUCAGAUGAUAAGAACCGCAUACGACCCAGUGAAGCACUUCUCACACGGAGUUCAAGCCAUUACCCCACUGAAACAGUCUCUACAAUGAGAGAACACACAAAUGGUGUCCCUUCAGAAGGGCGUCUGCAGGCCAUGCAUGCCAGUCGGAGUUUUGAUUUUGGUGCGCUUCCUGAUGAUUUCCUGGAUGAACCAGACACUCUCACCGAUUCUCUUAGCUUGGAGACAGCGGUGUCUCAGGGCAUGAGUGACCUGGACAGUCCAGGAUCAACAAUGAGGCCACGUCUAGACAGCUAUUACUCAGCAAAUUCACGCUACAGUGCAUACUUUUCAACUGCAGACUCAAGUUACCGAUCUGUGGAUGUGACAAUAGCAGGUGACGGUAGCCCGCAUGUUGUAUAUGGACCACCUUCACGUUUACCAGCCCUUACACAGCCAGUGCCAUCACACUGGAAGACUAUUGAGGGCGAUUUUGUCUUGGUACAUGCAUCAUACCAGACACACCUUGGCUCCGACUGCCUCUUUGCACCCAGUUCUAAACUAGAUGAUGGUAUAAUCUGGCUGUUAAUUAUUCGUGCGGGAAUAACGCGUACACAGUUGUUACAAUUCUUGCUUGGUCUUUCAUCAGGAAGUCACUUGUCCUGUCCUCGGGCAGAAAUGAUUCCGGUGACAGCAUUCCGCCUUGAGCCUGAGUCUACUCGUGGACACCUGACGGUGGAUGGUGAACUUGUGGAUUACGGUCCUGUGCAAGCAGAGCUUAUGCCAUCACUGGCAAACAUUAUGUCACGUUGAUGUGGCUAGACAGGUUACUGCUAUUCUGCCUUAGGUCUUCCUGUACGUAUUUCCAUGGUUACAGUAUUCAGGAAGGAAUGUGUUUUCAGUCGGAGCUGUUAUUGCAGCCUGUUUCCAUUUCACAGUAACUGAAGCUGCGUCUGUAUGAUAAACCAUUCACCAUUUGCCCAGUAUUCUGUGUAUUGAGACUGAUUGUUUGCUCAUUUGAGUACAUAACUUCUGUACAACUUGCCUCUAAAAAGCUACACAAUUUGUGUAGAUGUAUGAAACUUGCCCUAAAAAUCUGCACAACUUGUGUUGAAGUAUGUCUUGCCUAUGUUGCAUGUGAAUUUUGUAUUUUAAAGAGAAGCACAAAAAGUUACAACCAUGUUGUAUGCAAACAAUGUAAGGUGCUAUUUUAACAAAAUAUUUACCAAAGAGGUAAGUGGAACAUUCUCUAGUUGUCUGCAUCACACAGUGGAAUGCAACAGUUCCACAGCCUUUUUUGUGGUAGCAUUGUGGCUACAAUUAUCAUGUUUUCAUGGUUGUAGAAAAUUUAUGUGCUGUUUAGUACUGGCAGUCUGAUAAGACACACUUUUGUCUCAACGCUGCUGUGAAUAGUACAACCUCAUACUUUGUAGAGUGCAGAUGUCCACUCCAAAUUAUUUUUCAUUUUUU